AUGUGGGGCUUAACUUCAUUCAAGCAAAACUCCUUGCUUUAUGGACCUGCAGGUAGAUUAGACUGUGUGGAUUUGGGUCAUGGACUCUUCCUCACAAGGCUUUCUUUAGGAGAAGACUAUGAGAAUGUUUUAAGAAAAGGCCUGUGGUUCAUCAGAGACCAUUUUCUUUCUAUUAGACCAUGGGAACCAGAUUUUAAGCCUGCUCUAGCAAGUGUAUCAUCCAUUGUGGUAUGGGUUAGACUAAACAAGCUCCCCAUUGAGUACUACAAUGCAGAGGCGCUGCAACUUAUUGGAAAAGCUAUCGGUAAUGUUCUUAGAGUCGACACUUUCACGGCGUUUGAAACUAAAGGGAGGUUUACAAGGGUUUGUAUGCAAGUGGAUGUGGAGAAGCCUUUGACUACUACGAUUAUGGUAGGGAGACUUGAACAGCAGAUAUGUUACGAGGGAAUUCAUAAAAUGUGUUUUGGGUAUGGACAAAUAGGGCAUAGGAAGGAGCAGUGCCCACACAUUAUCUGGCAAGAACCGACGGCUUCAAAGAUUAGGGGGAAGGAAGGUGGUGAGACGAUAUCAAGCUCACAUGUUCCUUGUGCUAUUGACAUACCAAGGAGCAGGGAGGGGACCAGUGAUGUAGUGGCUAGUUCAGAGCAGUACUUAGAACAAGUCGACGUGCAUGAUGGUGCGUACGGGCCAUGGAUCGUGGUGGCUCGUAGAAAGGAUGGGACAAAACCUUUGAAGAGUGGUGGGACCUCACUUAGACAGAGAAGCGGGUUUAGCUUCAAGGAUUAUGCCUCUACGGGUUCAACAGUGGGCAAUCAAGGUCGAUUUUUAGGCAAGUCCGAUCUGAUCCAUGAGGUGGUUCAAGUGGGCAAUCAAGACCAAGAUUCAAGUAAGUCUGAUCCGAACUUUGAGGUGGGUCAGCUCCAAAUGCAAGAAAGCACCAAGAGGUAUACUGCCAUGAACAGAGAUAAGGGUGAAGAAAGAGAGGCUGCCAUUCUCGGAUCCGGCUUAGGAAGCCCCUGUACUAUGCAAUGUGAAGCUAUCGAAGGAGAUGGAGAUGGGGGUUUUGUAGCAUAUGGGUACUCUAUUUCUAGGGGAAGACCAGAUAAGGGAGGUGUUGAGGUGGAUAGGAUGGAGCUUGAAGGAGGAGGCAGAAUUAAGGAGCCUCAAGGUGCUUUGAAGCCCUCCUUUAAGAAGCGUAUCAGUGAAUUGGUGCAAAAUCACAAUCCAGCUAUUUUGGUGGUUAUGGAAACUCGUGCUAGGGGAGAUAGAGCUAGAGAGAUCACAAACUUGUUGCAGUUUGAUGGAGCAAUCCAUACCGACACCAUUGUUUGUGUAGGAGGUCUUUGGGUCUUAUGGAAUGCUGACAUGGUUGAUAUAACCUUGCUCUCAAGUACUGAGCAGGAAAUUCAUGCGGAGGUGAAGAUACGUUUCACAAACAUUAACUGGUUACUUUCUACUGUGUAUGCUAAUCCUAGGAAUGCCAAAAGGCAAGCUUUGUGGAGAAAUUUGAUGAGUGUUGCUAAAUUACACAAUAUGCCCUGGGUUAUAGCUGGUGACUUUAAUGAACCCCUCCUUAGCGAGGAUAAAUUUAGGGGUAGGUUGAAAGCUAAGAAGUGGAAUAAAAACCAAUUUGGGAAUAUUCUCACUAGAAAGAAGAAUUUGAUGUCGAGAUUGAAUGGUAUUCAAAGAGCUCUAGCUUUAAGACCUUCAGAAUUUCUUGUGAAAUUGGAAGAUGAGUUACUUAGGGAGCUGGACCUUGUGCUUAGACGGGAGGAGGAGUUGUGGGCUUUGAAAUCAAGGGUGAAUUGGAUGAUAUAG